CACAAAACCAUUUUUCAUAGUCACACCACAAAGAUGGCGACCAGUUCAUCAAUGACCCUAGUCAUUGUCUUCACAAUUUCACUUCUCUUGGUCGCUUUCCAAGAAGUCAAUGCAGACUAUUACAGACCGAGGCCACCAGUUACCCCUACCCCUUAUGUCCCUAAGCCACGGCUCCCAGUUCCGAGUCCUAAGCCUGUUUACCGGCCUCCUACUUACCCAAGUCUACCCGCUGGCUCAAUCGCUAGAUUGUUUCUUGACCCACAUAACGCUCUUCGGUCCAGACUAGGUGUGUCUCCAUUGGUUUGGGACGGCAAGCUAGCUAGCUACGCGACAUGGUGGGCUAACCAAAGGCGUUACGACUGCUCAAUGACCCACUCGACGGGACCAUACGGUGAGAACCUGUUUUGGGGAAGUGGCUCGGACUGGACACCAACUUUUGCGGUGCAGUCAUGGGUCGUUGAAGGAAGGUCCUACGACCACAACACCAACUCGUGUGACGGAAGUGGAAUGUGUGGUCACUACACUCAGAUGGUGUGGCGUGACACCAAAAGGCUUGGGUGCGCGCGUGUGGUGUGUGAGAAUGGUGCAGGAGUUUUCAUCACUUGUAACUACGACCCACCGGGUAACUACGUUGGAGAGAAGCCUUACUAAAAAGGACAAGAAGCACUCUUAAAAAAGGGGUUUUCUUUGUACUUGAUUUCAUAUAAUUUCUUAAUAUUUUCAAUUUCCAAUAUCUUCGUAAACUGAAAUUUUCGACAGAUAUUUAAUUUGUAUGGGUACUCAUCGUUCUGUUGUUUUAAAAAAUUGUUCUGGUGGUACGUCGCAUUUUGGUGAGUGGGAGUACCCAAGUAAGUUGCGUUUUGGUAUUUGGUUAACAGUUGUUAUGUUUGUGUGUUGCCAAGUUCUUUUGUGUUAAAAAACGUUCAUCAUACAUAAUGCACUACAAGAAA